AUGAGUCUGCGAUCAUUCAUUUCGACCCGCCUAGUCGGCCUGAAUCCGAGCUGCAAAAGCGUUGGUUGGUGUGCCAGACGAAGUGAACCGAGCUCACAGAGAGCAAUCCAAUCAUCGAGCCAGCCACGAGCAACGGUGGCAUCGGAAGAGCAGGAGGGAGAGCUGCCGAGCCUGGCGCAGAAAGCUUCGAGUCAACAUGCCGGGCUGUUCUCGAUCCGGCCUGGACAGCUCUACCGAUCCCGGCUGGCCGAGCACUACCAGAACCAGAUGGCCUCCGAUCUGCUCUACAUGACCUACGAGCUCCCAGCCGGAUACGCCCUCGACGGCUCGACGCCUCACCGGGCCGACGGACGUGCACUCACCCAGCAUCCCGACCCGAUCUCCAAACUGCCCCAAUGGGACCCCGAAGACCCUUACACCCGCAACCGACCUCCACGGCCGCCCAAGGGUGGCUCCGGUGCCCUCCCCAGACGCCCUCCAUCCGAUUCCUCCCCAGAGAACUUGGUCCGGCUCAAGAAGAUCUCCAUCGACAUCCAUGUCCCCGAGGCGAUCCACACCAAGAAGGAACUACUCGGGGCGAUCUAUCUACUCCAGUUGAUCUCCGGCCAACCCGAUCGGGCCGCCCUUUCGACCGAUCAGCUCUCAAAACUAUUCAGCUCAGAAGGGAUCCAAAUCAGUCGGACCAAGGACAAGUCGACGACUUUCAAGGUCAGAACGGGAAUGGUCUGUGGGGCCCAUCUCGAGAUCCGGGGCCCAAAGAUGUUCGACUUUCUCGACAUUCUCUCCACCUUCGUCCUCCCCCGCCUCAAAGACUUCAACGGCUUCGCACUACCACCCGCCGAUGCUCAUCGUCGUCACACCGCCAUGGUCAGCGGCGUCGUCCAGAUCGGUCUUCCUGACCAUGCAAUGGGUCUUUGGCCUGGAGUCGAAGAGAGUCUCGAAAAUUGGCCCAGAAAAUAUGGAAUGAAUAUCCACUUCCUGACUAGUGCAACUGGCCCUGGUGCGACUGAUAAGGCACGAGCUCUAAUCAGUGGAUUUAGAGUCCCAUUUGUAAGACCAGAAGAUGCGAAACUGGAAAGAUAG